GAACUAGUAAAUUUUCGCAUGAAAUAGGCAGCACUUCCGGUAAAAGUGGCAGUACUCUGCAACUUUCUAGCACAGGCGAUAUUUGACAAAAGAUGGCAAGGAAAAACGGUAUUCGAUCAGAAAACUCAGGAACAAUACACUUUGAUACCAGAACUAAAGCAGUCAUGGCAGAGGUUUCCCUAGCCCAAGAGAAUAUCAAGGAAAAGGUCAAUGCAGUGCGAGAGGUUAUCCUGGGGAAGAGCAACAAUGAAAUAAUUUUAGUCUUGCAGUACUAUGAGUAUGAUGUAGCUAAGGCCAUACAAGCUUACUGUGAAGAUGGAGCUCAAAAAGCCCUAGAAGAAUGGCAUUGGUCUGGAAACAAGACACCUAACAAGAAGAAGAAAAAUAAAAAGAAGGCUUCAUCCAAAGCGGCCAGUGAGGAGGGGGAGUCCCAGUCCCCCAAGAAAGAGGCCUCCUCACCGACCCUGUCUAAUGGUAUACCUGUCAAGGAUGGUAUACCUAAUGGAAUCAUAGUUAAUGACACAGAACCAACAGGAGGGGGACAGGCCUCUAUAGCAGGUGAACAGGAAGCUAGCUGGUCAUCACCAAAUGUUAACAACAAUGCAUCCUCCUCUAGAUCAUCCCCAUUAAAACAGCAGUCACCCCAGCCCCAAAGGCAGCAACCCUCAUCUCGGAUCUCCCCCACAGCCUCAUCGUCACAGCCACAGAGGGCGGGGUCAACACCCCAGCCCCAGAGGCCAGCCCACAGCCAUCCCCACAAUAGACAACGAACUCACUCUGGUUCACAUUCCCACAGACAAAGGACUGCCAGCACAACUUCUCAACCAGAACAUAAACCAACACACUAUAAAGCACAUCAUGGGUUAGAGAAGUCGGUGAAAGACUUGCAUAGACAAACUGUUGCAUUAGAGAGAUUCCGAAUGGUUUUAAAUGAAGAAGUAGAUAAAACCUACAAAAGAAUCAAAUCGGUAUUUGAUGAGAUGAGAACAAGUUUAAACAACAGGGAAACAGAACUCACUUCUGAGAUGGAUAAAGUCAAAUUGGCAGCAAAUGACAUCUUUGCAAUGAGGCAGAAGAGAGCAGUAGAACUGAAAACAAAAGUAGACAGGUCUGACAACAUGAAUGAACAAGAAUUAUCUGAACUUCGCUCAGAAAUAAAGCAUUUUAUAAGUGAAAGGAAGAUAGAUGAGGAUUUAAGUAGGACAACAAGGUUCUUAUAUGACUCUGAUCACCUGAAAGAGGAGAUCUGUCAAUUUGCUGAGGUUGUACCGGUCAAAUGUUCAUAUUCUGCCAGACGUCCAUCCAUGAGUUCAGUAGCCAGUAGUGGACCAGAGGAAAUGGACAGUCUAGCUUCUUCUCUCAAUAGUCCAGCACCAGUCAUUGUAGAUUCAGGACAUGAAGUUGAACAUGAAUCUCUACGUGCCAGUGAAGCACAUGAAAUGGCAGAACUUCAAAGGAGGUUGAAAGGUUCAUUACAAUUGCAGGGAUACAUGAAGUCAGAGGGAGAAAAUGACCAAGCCCAUUCACCCACAAAGUCUAGUCCAUUAUCCAAUCGUAUUAACCAUGAGUUAGGAAGUAGUACAUCACCUAAAACAACCAGUGAAGAUAGUGCUGACAGGCAACCCAAACCCAGUGAAACACGUGAGAAAUCGUCUCAAAAUGAAGCUUUGAAGUCAAGUUCAGAGUCUGAUACAGCUAGGAGAUCUCAGUACUCAGGAAGGGGCAGAGGAAGGGGGGGCAACUACAGGGGCCGUCCCAGAAAAGAGGGCAGUGACUCUUACUACAGGAACCAGGGAGGCUAUGAAAGGGGAGGAUACAGGAGGAGGGGGGAGUACUACAACUCCAGGAGGGAUAACGACCGCAGGAAUUACAGACCGAGGGACGAACAUCCCAAAAGUGCCCCCCAGAGAGGCGAGCGACCUCCUCGAAAUGAGAGGCCCGAUAUGGGGGGAGAGAAUGUACGGCCCAAAACUGCUACAGAAAAUGUAAAGGAACCUACAGCUAGAAAGGAUUUAAACAAUGUACCUCAGGAAUGAACUUAAUUUUCAAUUUUUCUCUCUUCAUUUUUUGGGGGGUUUAUUCUAGUCUCAUUGUUACAUCCUUUUCAGCUCAAGUGAUCCUGUAUUAAUCACAUUGAAAUAUCGUGCUUUUGAAUUGUAAAGAAAUGGGGCUCUUCAAAGUUAUGUCUAUUGAGACACUGUAAAGGGGAUUUUUAACAUGAAGAUACAUGGAAAAAAUUGCACUGUUCUUUUGUAUGUGGACCCCAAAUAUAACUACAUGUAUAAUAUUUAUCCUUUUUGAAUGUUGAUGUAGAUUUUUAUUUAUAAUUGAGUGAAUUUAUUUUGGAUAAUGUAAGCAAUGCUUUGUAAAUGUCAGGUAAUUGUAAUUGCUAUUACGCAUAAAAUGAAUUUGUUUGUUCCUGUUUGCAAUUGAAAAUUGUUUACAUAAAUAUAUGUAUUGACUUUGUGAUAAAACCCUGUUACUUAAUGUUUUGAAUUUCACCUCAGCCAUAUAGAUAUAUUGUCAGUGUUUGAAAUAUUUUGUCAUUUGCUUUUAUCAGUGUCAUUAAUGAGUAAUUAAUUAUUCAUUGAUCUUGAUAUACAUCAGUAUUGGAAUUUUGCUUUUAGUGCUAAAAGACAUGUACUGUUCAUCUCUUUAUAAAAUCAGUGGCGAUUAGUUUUAUGAUGGUUAACCCAUGGCCCAACCCUUUACCGAAUGUAAACAGUAACUUGAUAAAUCAUUCAAAUGAAUAUAUUUGUUUUGGGGAAAAAUAGUGCAUUGCGUCUACCGGUAAUUUUGUAUUUAUACCACAGUAUUCAAAGUAAUCUAUAUUUAUGUUGUAUUGUUAUUGUAUGCUGGUAUUGAAAAGUUGGUGAAUUAUAUAUAAACACACAUAUACCCAAGUUGUUUUUGAAGUUGAGUAGCAUUGAUAAUCAUUUGACACACAAAUUAAUGAAGCUGUGAUUAUGGAUAAAGUUCUGGAUUUUAAAAAAUGUGAUUUUAACUCGGUGGUUAAAAACGGAGGAGACAAUCGCAUCCCAGGGUACAAUGUAUAUUAUUAAACGUCAAAUUAAUCUGUGAUAUAGAUACAUUUUUGGACAAACUUUAUUUAUUAACAAGAGCAAACUUUCUACAAAUUUAUCAAUAUUAUGCAGUAAAAAUCUGAAUGACUUUAUCACUCUAUAGAACAUUAUAAGCAACUAAGUAUAUACACCCCCCCCCCCCCCCCGAAAAAAAAGGAUAUUGAGUAUAAGAUUUUUAGAGCUUAAGCUAUAUAUAGCAACUAGCAACAUUACAAGAUUAAUUUAUUAUAUAAAUGGUUCAUGUUGUUCAAUAUAUUGGAAGCCUUAUAUUUAAAUCAUAACAUAACAUUGAAAAAUAAUUGUGGAAGGACAAAAGCUGACAUUUAAGCCACUUUAACUGAAGCAUGAUUAUACAUGUAUCUAAGCUUGAUCUUUACAUAAAAAUAAAUUUUUACUUUAGGUACGAUUAUGUUAAAGUCACUGUAAUCUUGUCAACAAUGCUUUGAAGUAGGUUGCUUCCCUUCCCUUGCUCCAGAAAUUUUAUUUAUUCAUGUACAAGGUAAACACAAUAUUUUGUAUAAAAUACUUGACUGAGAAGGUAACAAUUUUUAAUACAUGUGUAUAUCUUUCUACAGGUAAUUUUUUUACCUGUAUGUGUUAACUAAAUGAAAUGUAACUUUGAGAGUAUGAAAUUUCUGUCUCAACAUCUAUGCAUGCCCUAUACAAACCAUAUAUUUAACUGAUGUAGAUAAACAACGACUUUCUUGUAGUAAUCCCUUUCUGUGUUUGAAUAAUCUAAGUCUGUAUAUUUUUGUAUGGUCACAAAGUUUUAUAAGCAAACAAUUGCUUUCAAGAAUAUGUGUUGUGUAACCUUUUUUUUCUUCAGUGGUGAACUAUAAUUAGUCUCCAAUGACAAGAGGUACUUUUUGAUCAAUUGUACCAGGCAUCUUUAUUUUUGCCCAUUACAGUUUCUAUUAAAUGUAAGCUUUGGUGCACAGUUAUCUUCAUAUAUUUUAAUUAAAUUAUACUCAUUUAAGUGCCAAACACAAAUACAGAGAAAAAAUCUGAAGUUGAAUUUUCAUGUCUCCAUUUUGAGGAAGGCAACAAAAAAACAUUUCUUUUGCUUUGUAUUGCCUUUUUGGAGUGAUUUUAAGGUAGAAUUAGAUUUACAUUUACUUAAGAUGUGGACAUUUUUAUGUGUUGCUUACACCAACAAAUUUAAGCAUGGGAAUAAUUCCACAGUGCUAGGAUGAUAAUAAUUAUUGCUGAUUAAAAUAUAUGCAAAGGCAUUUGUAUGCAGGAAAAAGUGAUGUGAAUGUUCUGAGCAUAUAUGACUCUCUUGUGUAAAUUUCCAUGUUUACAGGACAUCAUAUUGAGGGGUUAAAACCAUGUUGCAAGUAUGUCAAAUGCAUGUAGAUAUAAAACUUCUGUGAGUGUUAAAGUGUGUCACAGCAAAAUUCCAGUUGUUUCUGUUAGUACUUUUAAUGGUACAUGUACAGUGUAUUGUUGUAUAACAUUGUUUAUAAUCAUGGUUAGGCAGUGUGUAGACCCUGCCAAACAUUCAGUGGUUUGUGUAAAUCAGUAUUGUUAAGAAUUUUUUUUUUUCUUGUCCAUGAAAACCAGGGCUUUGUUUUCCCUAGCACAACUUGUUCAUUCAACCACCAUUCUGCUAUAAAUUGUAUAUAUGUAGUUACAGUAUAAAGAAGAGAGAACUAAUUUCAAAUAUGUGUAUAUUAUAUCAAAUAAAAAAAAAACUAUUUUAAAAGAAUGAACCCAGUCAUUAUGUUAUGUCCCUUGAACUUAUUUUGGGCUAUUCAUUUUUCUCAUUAUCCAUUUAUUCACUUUGGAAACUUGGAUUGUAUAGGCCUAUCAUUACACUUUUGCUUGAUCUGUUUAUUUUAAUUUUCAUAGAGGAUGGUUGUUUUUCUUUUUGUUAUUGUGUUGAUAUACCAUCACUUGUUGCCUGGUUAUAUGUGUGGGUAAAUUAAUCAUUGGUCCAUUUUCACCUAUUUGGUUACUAGUCCAUGAUGUUGCUGCUACUUUUAUGUUGAAUUAGUUAUGGGAAGUUCUGCAGAUAAUUAAUUAAGGAUGUUGACCUUUAAAAUCUUGUAAAAAUGUGUAUUCAUAAUAUAUAUAUGCAUAGAUAUAUAUAUAGAUCUAUAUUAUUAAAACAUAUCAAUGGCA